AUGAGUAAAAUUAAAUCAAUAUCAAAGGUACCACCUCAAUCAACUACCAAUAAAAGGUCGAGCUCCCCUAACAAUGGAAAUAAUGAAAAGCUUACUGUAGUUCAUUUUAAUCUAAAGUUUGGUGGCAGUGGUGAAAUGAUGUGUGAAAGAAAUAGCAGGUUUUGGAAACCGACCAAAGAUGAUUUAAAUUUUCUACUACUUGACUCACAGGAAAAGAGAACACCAGAUCUUUCUACCAUCUACUUGCAGUCAUUUACAAUAUUAAAAUAUGAUAAUCAAUUCAAUUUACCUAUAUCUCUAAAUUUCUCUGGACUUCCACAAUCAAACAAUCCAAAUAUUUCACACCAAGUCAUUUUAUCUUCGAAAACCACCAAUGAUUCUUUAAAUUUAAAUUUAGUAGCAGGGUCCCUAGAGAAACAAGAAGAAAAUAAUACUCAAACUACACCAAUACAAUGUCCUAUUCCAUUACCAAAAAUAACCAUCGAUAAUGAACAUAAUUCUCUAAUAACAUUUCCAAAUGAACUUCUAGGAUUUAAAGAUAAUAUUAAUAAACCAAAAACAAUAUGUGGUUGUGAAAGAAUUGGUGAUUUCGAUUAUUCAUGUAUGCAUAUGAAAAAUGAUUUAGAAAAGAAAUAUCAUUUGUUUAAUCCAUUUCAGUUUAUGGCAACUGUUCAACGUUUGGACGAGAAACCUUUCGCACGAGGAAAGAACCAGAGUGAAAUCUCAAUUGACAUUGAAAUGAAAUUCUACUUUCUACAUUAUUUUGAAACGCAAAAGACAACAACAUCAAGAUCAAGAUAUAAAAAAUGA